AUGGCCGACGACCUCGACUCCAUCGUCAAGGGCGCCCCAAUUGCCGAGGCCGCUGCCAGCGAUGCUAAUGCCAAUGCCAAUGCCAAACCCGGCUCCGGCGCAAGCCCCUUCUCGCCCAGCACUGGUGCUGGCAAGCCUGGCGACCCGCUGCAUCACACGCCCAGCUCCCCUUCCAUGAUCUAUCUCAACCUCUUGAUCCUCGAGGCUUCCAUGCGCGCCCAGUUCCUCGAGCUGCGCGCCCGGAAGCGACACCACACCUUCUUCCUCGCCAUCCUGACGCUCUGGGUCGCCUUCUUUGGUUACAAGCUGUACUUUGCGCCGCGAGAGGAUGGACGUGGCGUUGGAGGAUCGAUAUACUGGGCGGUCGAAGGCGCACAAAAGGUGUGCUUCAUGGGCGGCAUUAUCACCGCCGCCCUUGUCUGGGCAACGGGCAUCUGGGAUCGUGGCAUCCGGUGGCCACGCCGCUGGUUCGCCAUCUCCAACAGAGGCCUGCGCGGCUUCAACUGCAAGCUGGUCAUCAUCAGGCAGACGUGGUGGGCUGAGGCAUUGUCGACAAUAGGCUUUUUCCUAACGUACGGCCUCUUUUCGCAUACCGCCAGUUCCUCAUACCGCCUUGUCGAGCCGCAGCUGCUGCGCCAGGUCGAGAAGGAGCUCCAGCUUACAAGCGAUAACCAUCCCACGCUAGUUCUCCCCCCCGAUGAUGACGAGCUUGGCGGCCAUGAAGAAGAUUUGGCGCCUGGUGGAGAUUACGUCAAACUAUUACUUCUACCGAAACCGUUCUCGCCUACUUUUCGAGAGAACUGGGAGCUUUAUCGCACCGAAUACUGGGAGAGGGAGAAUGAGCGUCGGCGGUUGCUUCGGCAAAAGGUCAAGGAGCAUGACCGGAAAGUCGCAAAGGAUCAAUACGAUGCCCCAUCACCGUCUAGCGAGCUCGGAACGCAAGCGUAG